GGAUCACGUGGUUGCCGUUUCACGUUAGUUCCUUUUAAUGUUGACUUUUGCUACAGUCUGACUUUAGAGUGCUAGCAGACAUCACGUAUUUGAUGUACAGUGUAGUACACGUGAGAGGUUGUAAACUGAUAUGACAGCUUGUUUGAAGUGGCGGGAAACAUGUCUGGAUUCAGUAAUGAGCUUAUAGAUUACCUCGAGGGUAGAAUAACUUUUGAAGAGUUCGACAGAAGGAGAGACGAGCGGAAAGCCAAGUCAGGGGAGGUAGCUGAAGAUGUGGAAGACGUUGUGCUCCCUUCGACGUCCGGACUCAUCUCAACGAAGAUCGAGGAUGGAGUUAGCCCAGGAGUCCAGCUGGCCUUUGCCUCCAUGCUAGGAGAAACUGCAGAACCACCAUCUUCAGAGGAUGAGGAGGAGGAAGAGCAGGACAGCCUGAGCUAUGUUGAUGAUGCACAUGAUAAGGAUUACAUUGCAGACAAAGAAGAGUGGCAGGCAGAGGAGACAGGGAAGAGGCCAAGACAACAGGGAAAGAACAAGAGUAAAGCUAAAGAAAUGGCAGAAGAUGUGACUGUAGGAGAUGUGUUUGCACUGGAGAUGGAGCUGAAUCGAGAAAACAAGAAGAUGAUGAAGGGGCGUCGUCAUGGCAGCAAGCUGCCCCGGGCUCUGAGAGGCUUGAUGGGAGAAGCCAACAUUCGCUAUGCAAGAGGAGAGAAAGAGGACGCCAUCUUGAUGUGUAUGGAGAUCAUAAGACAGGCUCCUCUGGCAUAUGAGCCUUUCUCCACGUUGGCUAUGAUCUAUGAGGAUGAAGAGGACAUGAGCAAAGCACUGCAGUUUGGCCUGAUUGCUGCCCACCUCAACCCCUCGGACUGUGAGGAGUGGAUCAGACUGGCUGUAAUGUCUCUGGAGCAGGACAAUAUCCAGCAAGCCAUCAUCUGCUACAGCAAAGCUAUCAAGUACGAUCCUACCAAUGUGUGCUAUCUGUGGGAGCGCUGCAGCCUACAGAUGCGCCUGGGAGAGCACAAACAGUGUAUGGAUGGCUACCGCAGGAUCCUGUCACUUCUGCCGCUGGAGGAUGGAGAGCACUUCAUACAGCUCUCCAAAGACAUGGCCAAGAGUUACUAUGAAAGUAGUGACCUGCCCUCAGCUCUGAGUGUGAUUGAGGAAGCUUUGGCACGACACCCCGACCUGGUCAGCGAUGACUUUAUCAACAUGGCAGCUGAGCUUUAUAUCACCAACCGGCAGUACAACAAGGCCCUGCAGGUCUUGGUGCAGUUUGUAGGCAUUGUUUUGGUCAGAAGUGAAUCCACUCCAGAUGUUAUUCCACCAACACAAGAAGAGAAGAUUAAAGAGGAGAGCACUGAAGACCAGGAGAAGCAAAAUGCAGAAGGGACACAGUUACAGAAGGAAGAACAAAUUGCAGCAGAGGAGAACGGUGAAAUUGUGGAUGUACAGGUACCAGACAGCGUCCCAGUGGACCUGAGGAGCAAGCUAAUUGUGUGCUUCAUACACCUACAUGUCUACGCACCCACCGAGGGCUUGGUUUCAACACUGAUGGAGCAGAGUCCAGAAGAGAUUGGUGACUUGUACCUGGAUGUCGGUGAAGCCUAUCUGGAAGAGGGCAAGUACAUGUCUGCUCUGCCUCUGCUGACUGCCCUCGUCGUAUCUGAGAAGUACAACCUCGCUGUUGUUUGGUUGCGGCAUGCAGAGUGUCUGAAGGCUUUGGGCCACAUGGAGGCAGCAGCAGAAAGCUACACCAAGGUGGUGGAGAUGGCUCCGCAGCACCUGGAGGCCCGGCUCUCCCUUGCCACACUGCAGCAACAGUUGGGCCGUAUGGAUUGUGCCCUUAAGGCGCUGGAGUCCAUGUAUGAUAGCAACAUACUAGCACACGAUUCUUCAGCCGCACAAAAGGAGUUGAAGCUUUUGCUCCAUCGCUCUACACUUCUGAAGACACAGGGAAAAAUGCAGGACUACCUGGACACUGUGAUUACUAUGAUCUCUAUGCUCCUCAAGGUGGCCAUGCAGCGAGCUAAGGUGUGUGUGAGCUCUGUAAACGUGUCAGGUGAGAAUCACCUGAGGCUCGUGAAGGUUGAGAACAUGCUACCAGAGAUUGCUGACCAUGAAACGGCCUAUCUGGACAACACUGGUAAAACCAAUGUCCUGUCCAAAGAGGACUGGUGGCAGCUGCUGCUGAGCUGUGUGCUGACACUGUGUGAGGUGCAGCGUUAUGAAGAGGCGGAGAUGCUUGUGGAUUCGGCCAUGGAGUUCUACUCAUUCUAUGACAACAAGCCCAGGAGGAAAGAACUGGAGUUCAUUGGCCUGUCUGCCACAAUCCUGGACCACAACUAUUACAAGGCCUAUAACUACAUCAGACUGAUGCUGUUGGAAAAUGUGGCUCUGCCUCAGCUUUGGAAUAUUUUUAACCAGCUGACAAUAACUUCGCAGCACCAGCGCCACCAUCGCUUCUGUCUGCGCAUGCUGUUUAAACAUCCUGACAGUCACGCCCUCUGUGUUCUCUGCGGACAUAACGCCAUGGUGUCAGGGAGCUUCAAACAUGCUCUUGGUCAGUAUGUUCAGGCCUUCCAGACUCAUCCCAGCAAUCCACUGCACAGCCUGUUUGUAGGUCUCACCUUCUUCCACAUGGCAUCUCAGAAGUUUGUAGCUAAACGGCACACGCUGGUGCUGCAGGGUUUCUCCUUCCUGUGGCGUUACGUAGAGCUGCGUGGAGAGUGUCAAGAGAGUAUGUACAACCUAGGCCGAGCGCUGCACCAAAUGGGCCUCACACAUUUGGCUAUGCAUUACUACCAAAAGGCGCUUUUACUACCAGCAAAAAAACUGGAGGGCAUCCCAGGUGACCAGGUUGAUCUGAGGAGGGAGAUUGCCUUCAACCUGUCACUCAUUUACCAGGCCAGCGGUGCAGUGGAAAUGGCCCGAUACCUCCUUAACACACACUGCAUUAUUUGAAAAUGCACACUCGUCUUUAUUGGUUCGUUUUCAUUAGAAAUUUGACCUUAUUUCUAGCAACUAAACCCCCAUGAAAUGAUGGAUUCAGGAAGUCUUAUUUAUUAAAAAAUGUUUGUAAAUAUUUAGCAUUUUGUAUGACGUAUGUCAUUUCUACAUUUGUGUUGAUUUAUCUCUGUAUUUCAGUGUCUGAUAAUAAGCUAGCAAAUCACAUUUGAGGCAUGUACUAAUACUGGAUCUUUCAGUUGUAUUAUUUUUGCAAGACCUAUAGUCUGCUGUUACAAAAAUUACCCUAGAAAACCCCUUGUUUAUUUUAAUAAAGAAAUACAGAACAAAGUAUUUGCCUUUAUUG